AUGGCCACCCUCAAGGGUUUGCUCGUCGCCGUCCUCGGCUGCGCCUUCUUCUGCAACGCCAUCCUUGCGGUUCGCGAGCUGAACGAUGACUCGGCCAUGGCGGCGAGGCAUGAGCAGUGGAUGGUCCAGUACGGUCGCGUCUACAAGGACGCCGCUGAAAAAGCGAGGCGGUUUGAGGCGUUCAAGGCCAAUAUAAAGUUCAUCGAGUCGUUCAACGCUGCCGGUAACCGCAAGUUCUGGCUUGGUGUCAACCAGUUCGCCGACCUCACCAAUGAUGAGUUCAGGGCGACCAAAACUAACAAGGGCUUCAAACCAAGCACGGUGAAGGUUCAUACGGGAUUCAGGUACGAUAAUGUUAGCAUUGAUGCGCUUCCGGCGAGCGUGGACUGGAGGACCAAGGGUGCCGUCACUCCCAUCAAGGAUCAAGGCCAAUGUGGUUGUUGCUGGGCGUUUUCAGCUGUUGCUGCGACGGAGGGCAUCGUCAAGCUUAGCACCGGUAAGCUCGUUUCGCUCUCGGAGCAAGAGUUGGUGGAUUGCGAUGUCCAUGGUGAGGACCAGGGCUGCGAGGGUGGAUUGAUGGACGACGCCUUCAAAUUCAUCAUCAAGAACGGCGGCCUGACCACCGAGUCCAGCUACCCUUACACAGCCGUGGAUGGCAAGUGCAAGAGCGGAUCAAACAUUGCCGCAUCUAUCAGGGGCUACGAGGACGUGCCAGCCAAUAACGAGGCUGCCCUCAUGAAGGCGGUGGCCAACCAGCCUGUGUCCGUGGCUGUGGAUGGAGGAGACAUGACGUUUCAGUUCUACUCUGGUGGUGUGAUGACCGGCUCAUGCGGCACUGACUUGGACCAUGGGAUUGCAGCCAUUGGUUAUGGACAGACCAGUGAUGGCACAAAAUAUUGGCUGAUGAAGAACUCAUGGGGCACGACAUGGGGCGAAAACGGUUACAUGAGAAUGGAGAAGGACAUUUCAGACAAGAAGGGCAUGUGUGGCCUCGCCAUGGAGCCUUCCUACCCCACCAAAUAG